UUAGGAUCUCCUUCCGGCCGUAAGCAUGGAAAAUCUUUCCCUGAUACCAUCAUCUCAUCAUGUUCAAAAAGAAGGCGGGAAUCAAGCGGGACGUUCGUUCGAGAAAUAAUGAUGAUGACACUGAGAAAGAAUCAGGCCCUUCACAGUUAUCCGCCACAUCCACGACAAACGAUGAAACAGGAAGUGGAUCUGCGGUUGUAUUGAAGAAGAGAAAGGUUCAAUCUUCAAAUCCUUUGGGUCAAGGUUCGAGCACUGCAUCUUCUCGUAAGCAAGAAGCAGGCUCGUACGAUGAUGAGGAUGACUUUGAUGAAUUUUAUGAAAAGAAGGAUGCAUCAAAAGCAUCUGCAUCUCGUAAUGAUGAUGCUACUCGAACAAAUACGUGGUACGAUGAAAUAUCUGAGAACGGGAUUGGGGCUGCACCCAAAACGGGCGCAACAAAUAAUGACGAUGGCAUGUACAGAGGGAAAGCAGCAUACAAUAAAUUCACCAAUCCAAGCAAUUCCGACAGCUCCAACCAACCGAAAGGCAUGGCAAAAGGACCUGUACGUGCUAAUAAUAAUGUCAGAACAGUCACAAUGAUCGAUUACCAACCUUCUGUAUGCAAACCGUACAAAGAGACCGGAAUGUGUGGUUAUGGUGAUUCUUGCAUUUAUCUUCAUGAUCGAUCGGAUUAUUUGGCCGGAUGGCAAUUGGACAAAUUACCCAAUAGUAACCCGUUCGGCAAAAGGGGUGAUUUGCUUGAAAAGGCCAAAGAGGAAGAAGAAGAAGAUUUACCGUUUGCCUGCCUGAUAUGUCGUAAACAAUUCACAGAUCCGGUCGUGACCAAAUGUGGACAUUAUUUCUGCAUGAGUUGUGCCAUAAAGAGAUAUGAAAAGACGAGCAAAUGCUUUGCUUGCAAUAGGCAAACUCAAGGCAUCUUUAAUUCAGCAACAAAGAUCUUAGAUCGAAUGGCCAGCAUUCGUUCUGCCCUGCAAGAAGAGCGAGAAGCAAAAGAGUGGAAGGAAGAGAACAAUGACGUACAACAAACCAGUGGAGAACUUUUGGAAGGCGUUGAAAUCGGGACGGCUUAAAGUGUGAUUUCUAUGUAUUUGUAGUGUACAGUAAAUGAUGUAGAAAUAUGAUGUACAUCACGUUUUAAUC